UGAUUGUGCUGUGAUUGUACUUUUACGCGAUACGAUGCAUAAUUUCCCUUUUCCACUAUUUAAAUGCCAAAAACAAGCAAACUAAUCACAUUUCUGGCUACACAAGAUCGUCAUGGAUCUACAAAAUGUUGCCUCAAAUGAGGAUUCCUUGUUGGCCUGUAGAGCUUGUCUGAUUACCGAUUGUAAACUGUACAACAUACAUGAUUAUCAACUCGGUGGUGCCUUUGCUCGCAUCUCAGGAGUCCCUGUGCACAAAGAUGGGCUCCCGCAGCACCUCUGCAUCUUCUGCAGCGCGCAGGUGGCCCGCUUCGAAGCCUUCCGAGAGAAGGUCCUCCGCUCACACUUUUGUAUGAGGGCGAAACUAUGCGAGAAAGAGUUGGAUACAAACAUUAUCCGCACCAUCGACCGCGCUCACUUCAAGCUUCUCAACAACCUAGCCUUCACCAAACCACAGACCCUCGAGUGCAUAAACCUGAAGACCCCUGAGGACAUCAAGAACGAACCCAACACAGACAUCGAUGACACUAAAGAUAAUAUAGAGAAACAAGAUCUUAAAGAAGAAGAAGACAAUGAUAUAGAACUUGAUAAUGAUCCAGUUGAGGAUAUAUUCAUCCUCACAGACGUGGAAAACAUUAAAAGGAAAAAAAGAAGAGUUACAGCUAAGAAAAAGAUGAAACUUGAAAAAUUUGACGACGACGAUGACGUGAAACUUGUAAAUUUUGCUAAAAAACGACCGAGGAAGAAAGAGGGCAAUCAAAGUGUUGUUAAAAAGAGAGAAGUAAAAAGUAAAGAUAGUUCGAAACCGAAAGUGAAGAAGGAAAGGAAGCCAAAAGAAGACAGUAAGAGGAAGUUUCGGAAUCCGGAGAACGGUUACAUGCCAGUGUUUGACUUUGCUACGUUUGAGAAUGCUUUUGAAGUGCGUGUUGUCACUUUGAGUAAGGAAGACCAACUGGAGGAGAUCGCUACACGCAAAGAGUCCGCCAACUACCUGGAGUCCCCAUUCCAGUGUCACGACUGCGGGAAAGGGUUUCUGGCUGAGGAGGCCUACAACAACCAUCAGUUGCGGCACAGCCCGAGUGCGGGCGGGUACGCGUGCGAGAUCUGCAAGGUCCGCUUCAACAUGCAGUGCCGCCGCCAGGAGCACCAGGACAUGCACCGGCUCAAGUUCUUCUGCAAGAACUGCAGCUUCGUCUCCAGAAACAGGCAUCAAGCGAGGAGGCAUUACGACAUGCACGCGGGCAAAACGUUCGAGUGCAAACAUUGCGGGAAAAUGUUCAAUAAGAGUUCGACGUAUUUGUCGCACGUGCGUCUGGCGCACCCAGACAUGCACGUGUCGUGCGACCUGUGUGGCGAGACCUUUGUGGGGCAGGCGGGCCUCAAGCAGCACAAGGCCAAGAUGCAUUCCAUAGCAGAGAACAUAAAACCGCAGAAGUUCGAGUGUGGCACGUGUUCAGCCACCUUCCUUAGCGUAGAAGCACUGAACAGACACACGGACACGGCCGGCGAGCACGGAGCCCUGCGGCCGUGCGAGCAGUGCGGCGAGAACUGUGCGAGCGAGCAGGCGCUACAGGAACAUGUCAAGGAGACACAUCCGAAGGAAACGUAUCGGUGUGAGGAGUGUAACAUGUCGUUUAAACGCGCGUCGGCUUACGACCUGCACCACCGGCGCAAGCACCUCGGGCAGCGCUUCAGCGCCGCGGGCCGCCACGUGGCGCGCCGCACGCCCGGACACUUCGUGUGCGAGCAGUGCGGCCGCGUGCUCACGUCCCGCCAAGGGCUGCGCUACCACUUGCGCGACCACAAGGGCCUCAACCUGAAGCUGUUCACGUGCCCCGAGUGCAACAAGACCUUCGCCGCGAAGCACAUGAGAGAUUGGCACAUGCGUUCGCACACGGGUGAGAAGCCGUACCAGUGUCCCGAGUGCCCGCUCGCCUUCAGCCUCAACAGCAACUUCAAGAGGCACCACAAGGCGGUGCACCUCGGGCAGCGUAAAAGCAUUCCGUGCAACAUCUGCGGGCGCGUGUUCACGACGACGUCGUGCGUGCGCGUGCACGUGAACGCCGUGCACCGCGGCAUGCCGUGGCCCAAGCGGAACCGGGCCCGCGGCAAGACCGACCCCAAGUCGCCGCUUCACAAUAAAUAA